AAGUGUAUCCAACUGUCCACACGUCAUUCGACUGCCGACAGCGACAAGCUUGACGACAGUCUGAUUUCGUUGCGGUGGUAGUGUUAGUGAACUUAUGGUGAAAAAUGCUGAUUCCUAAUGAAUAUGUGUCUACCGCUGAAGAUGUCGCCGACCAGGUAAUAAGAAAGGGUAAACAUAUCCUACCAACAGUAGCCCGAUUAUGUCUAAUUUCCACAUUCCUUGAAGAUGGUCUUCGGAUGUGGUUCCAAUGGUCAGAACAAAGAGAUUACAUGGACAUGUCAUGGGGCUGUGGGAAAUUUCUGGCAACUAUGUUUGUUAUAGUAAAUCUAUUCGGUCAGCUUGGUGGAUGUGUCAUGGUUUUGGGAAGAUGGAAGGUUGACAUAGCAUGUGGAGUACUUUUCUUUAUUGUUGUCCUACAGACAUUCGCAUACAGUAUAUUAUGGGAUAUGCAAUUUCUAUUACGAAACUUAGCCCUCAUUGGAGCCCUGUUACUAGUCGUAGCAGAGGCCCGUGCUGAGGGACGAAGCCUAUUCGCAGGCGUACCUUCCCUUGGUGAAAACAAGCCGAAGUCGUACCUGCAAUUAGCUGGAAGGAUCCUGUUGGCCUUCAUGUUUAUCACCUUGUUAAGAUUUGAAAUCUCAUUCUUACAGAUCAUACAAGACUUGCUGGGAAGUAUUCUCAUGAUUCUUGUGACGGUCGGAUACCGCACUAAACUGUCUGCUCUAAUGUUGGUGCUGGUACUCUCAGUACUUAAUCUGUACCACAACGCGUGGUGGGCUGUACCCAGUUACAAACCACUCAGGGACUUCCUUAAAUAUGACUUUUUCCAGACACUGUCAGUGAUUGGGGGUCUUCUAAUGAUUGUGUACCUCGGGCCGGGUGGAGUGAGUAUGGACGAACACAAGAAGAAGUGGUAGUGCGAACUUUGUGAAGGGACAUUGUUGUUAACUAGGCUGUUGUGAAUGAGGUUAUCGUGUUAUGUAACUAUACGCCAUACUGUUUAGUUUGCACGUUUUUGAUGGUUGUGGUAUUUUAAUUUUAAAACUGACAAUUGGUAAUCAGACUUUGACUGCUGACAAUUAACCAUGAUCUAAAUAAUGCCAUUUAUUGGCUAGGAGUAGUAUUAAAACAUAAUCUUAACAUUCCUAUAUAAUCUGUUAGAUUAGCAAAACUUUGGAUUUCCGUCAUUGUUUUAGUGGCCCAAUUAGUUUUAGGUGAAUUAAGCUGAUUUUACACCUUUUGUUAUUCUAUAUUGCAAAGAUUUAAGUUUGUAUCAACCUCUAAUGGUCAAUUUCAAGUAAAUUAUUGAGUUAUAAAGCGCGCAAACUAAGCAAUAAGUUUUUACAUCUAUAAUAGAUUUAACUAUCGGCGUCAAGUGUGAAUUUAUGAAACGCAUCGAGUGUUGGUGACAAUUAUUAUAUUUUAGUAUAGCAAUCCAAUUUUUAUAUACAACUUAUAUUUUAAAGUGUCGUACUCCUCUCUGUGACUUUCUCGCUUUUAUAAUUCUAAAUUGUUGUUUGCCUUGAAGUUUUUAAAAUUUAUUCCGAAUUUACUUAGGACAGUAUAAACACUGUACUUAAAUUCAUUUAUCUACUAUUUACCAUGUAUUUGAAACUGUACAUAUUUAAAAGAUAUAUUUUUAUA